GGAAGAGGUAAGUACUUGAUCUUAUGAAAGAAUGGAUACACUACAUCACGAUCACGUCCGCCUAACAGUAACUCGUCGAAGAGAUAUGCUAAAGCCGCAAGAAGCUACUCGGUCCAUCUUUCGAAGACGGAAGAAAGUUUGUUGAAGCUAACUAUGCUGUUUUUAUUAGUAUGCUUCAUCUCCCAGAAGGAAGUACUCGUCCCUAGUGGUGCAGUCUCGGC